CUCCACCCCCUAUACUCCCCUCCUCCAUCUCCCACCCCAUCCUCCUCAUCCCCUUCCCCAACUCUCCCUCUCUCUCCCUCCCAAUCUCCACCCAAAUCCAAAACACCAAAAACUAAAAGAGCAAACAAAUACAAAUUCACCAAAAGGACCAACCCAUUGUUGAUGGUUUUUGACAACACGAUGGGUUGGCUCUCCGAAGUCGGCUCUCGCGUUGGCGAUAACCUCAAACGCUCUCUCACCGCCGAAUCCAAGCGCUCUUCUUCUGCAACGCACUACCUCGGAAUUCUCUCAUUCGAGACCGCUAAAACCAUGUCUCGAUUGGUUUCUCUCUACAAAUCUCUCGAUGACAUUGAGCUUGUGAAACUCAAAAAAGAGGUCACGAAAUCGAAAGGCGUAGCCUUUUUGAAUUCCAAGGAUGAGGUCUUUCUCUUGAGCCUCGCUUGUGCCGAGAAGAUUGAAGAUCUCGAUAAAGCCGCCACCACGGUGGCUCGAUUAGGCCAUAAGUGCUCUGAUUUUGGCUUGAAUCGAUUCGACCUUGUUUACACCGAUCUCAAACUGGGUAUAAUUGAUUUGGGUAAAUUGGAAUACGCAUCGAAAGAUACAGAGAAGAGGAUUGACAAGAUGGAGAAGCUUGUUUCUGCAACUUCUCGCCUUUACACCGCCUUGGAAGCUCUAUCUGAAUUGGAAGUUUCGGAACGAAAGCUCAAACAAUGGAAGCUAAAUAGCCGAGUAUUGCAAUCGAAUCCCACGAAUUUCGAUCUCUUCAAUAAGAAAAUUUCGUAUCAGAGAAAACAGGUUCGCCAUUUCAGAGAAAUUUCACUAUGGAAUCAGACAUUCGACAAGAGCGUUGGCCUAAUGGCUCGCAUAGUCUGCAUCGUUUAUGCUCGAAUUUGUCUCGUAUUCGGCCCCUACCUUUCAUUCCUACCAUGCGUAUCGUUGCGAAACAUAAAAUCUUCGCAACAGAAAGAUAUCAUCAGAUUUCAACCAGAGUAUUGCUUAAUCGAACCCAUUAAAGAUCAAGUACAGAUUACUUCACGAUCGGGUCCAAUUCCAACCACAUCGAAACGAAGUUUGAUCCGAUUUCACAGCCAGAAAUCGCUGCUGUUUUUGAAAGAAGACUCGUGUUUGGGUUCUACGAACAGGGUGUUCCACGCGGCUGGGCCAUCGACGGUGGGUGGUUCGGGGCUUACAAUGCGAUACGCAAACGUAAUUCUAUUGGCAGAGAGGUACUUAGACUCUGCAGUGACGAUCGGAGACGAUGCCCGUGAAGAUUUGUACAUGAUGUUGCCGGAGAAUUUAAGAAUGUUGGUGAAAUCAAAGCUGGCGAAAAAUGCCAGGGCGGUGGGGGCCAGGGCCACGGUGGUUGGGGAUGAUGACGUGUCGUUGGCGGAGGGGUGGAGGGAGGCGUUGAAGGAAUUAAUGGGGUGGCUUUUGCCGAUGGCGAAAGACACGGUGAAGUGGCAGGCGGAGAGAAAUUUUGAGAAAAUGAAGUUUGAUUCGAAGCCGUCGGUUUUGUUGCUGCAGACAUUUCAUUUUUCCGAUAAGGAGAAGGCGGAGGCCGCCAUCGCGGAGGUGUUGGUGGGGAUGAGUUGUAUUUAUUGGUACGAGAAUCGACGGAAUUGUGAUGACGGUGGUUCUGGUGGCGGUAGUGAUGUUGUUGGGUAUAGAUCGCCUGUACUUGGUGCACGGUGCUCUUUUGAUGGAAUAGGUUGGAGUUUAGCCUAAAAAAUAUAUCCUUAUAUUUACAUACAAUAUACAUGUAUGAAUUUCAUUUUUAAGUUGAUUUGUAUGAUUGUAUGAUUGUAUUGAUUUUAGUUGGGGUUGAGUUGGGGAAGAAAAUCUCUAUUAGAUUGUAAUAGGAAUCAGUGUUUUUUUUUUUUUUUUUUUUCCACAAUUGUAUUGAAUGAUAUAAAAGUGGUUCUUAUUUCAAAUUGCUUUGUUGUUUACUUACAUUUUGAUUUGGUAGAAUGUAAGAAAAUGAGGAUUUUCAAGAAAAGCAAUCAUCUUGUUUGUUUUCAAA